AGGGCGGGGCGCGGGCGGCGGCGGCGGCGGCGGCGGCGGCGGCGGCGGCGGAGCAGCAGCCCCGGAACGCGCUGGGCGCCAUGGGCGGCGGCGGCGGCGACCCGCAGCCGUUGCCCACCUUCCGCUGGGAGCAGAUCCGUCUGCACAACCUGCCGGGCGACAAGUGGCUGGUCAUCGAGCGCCGCGUCUACGACAUCAGCCGCUGGGCGCAGCGGCACCCGGGGGGCAGCCGCCUCAUCGGCCACCACGGCGCCGAGGACGCCACGGAUGCCUUCCGCGCCUUCCACCAGGACCUCACAUUCGUCCGCAAGUUCCUGCAGCCGCUGCUGAUCGGAGAGUUGGCCCCCGAUGAGCCCAGCCAGGAUGGACCCCAGAAUGACCAGCUGGUGGAGGACUUCCGGGCCCUGCGCCGGGCGGCCGAGGACAUGAAGCUGUUCGACGCCAACGCCUCUUUCUUCGCCUUCCUGCUGGGCCACAUCCUGGCCAUGGAGGUGCUCGCCUGGCUGCUCAUCUACCUCCUGGGCCCCGGCUGGCUGCCCAGCACCCUGGCCGCGCUCAUCCUGGCCACCUCCCAGGCCCAGUGCUGGUGUCUGCAGCACGACCUGGGCCACACGUCUGUCUUCAGGAAGUCCCGGUGGAACCACCUGGCCCAGCAGUUCGUGAUGGGGCAGCUGAAGGGCUUCUCUGCCCACUGGUGGAACUUCCGGCACUUCCAGCAUCACGCCAAGCCCAACAUCUUCCACAAGGACCCCGACGUGACCGUGGCGCCCGUCUUCCUCCUGGGGGAGUCGUCUGUUGAGUACGGCAAGAAGAAGCGCAGAUACCUCCCCUACAACCACCAGCACCUCUACUUCUUCCUGAUUGGCCCUCCGCUGCUCACACUGGUGAACUUUGAAGUGGAGAAUCUGGCGUACAUGCUGGUGUGCAUGCGGUGGGCGGACUUCCUGUGGGCUGCCAGCUUCUACGUCCGCUUCUUCCUGACCUACGUUCCCUUCUACGGAGUCCCAGGGGUGCUGCUGCUGUUUGUGGCUGUCAGGGUCCUGGAGAGCCAUUGGUUCGUGUGGAUCACACAGAUGAACCACAUCCCUAAGGAGAUUGGCCACGAGAAGCACCGGGACUGGGCCAGCUCUCAGCUAGCGGCCACGUGCAACGUGGAGCAGUCCCUCUUCAACGACUGGUUCAGCGGGCACCUCAACUUCCAGAUCGAGCACCACCUGUUCCCCACAAUGCCUCGUCAUAACUACCGCCGCGUGGCCCCCCUGGUGAAGGCGCUGUGUGCCAAGCACGGCAUCAGCUACGAGGUGAAGCCCUUCCUCACAGCCCUGGUGGACAUCGUUGGGUCCCUGAAGAAGUCUGGUGACAUCUGGCUGGAAGCCUACCUCCACCAGUAGGGGUGGCACCCAGGGCCCCCCAGCUGGGGGCCCCCCGUCUUCCCGGUUCUGCUGCCGUCCCCUCAGCCCCCACCGUCUGCUCACAGCCCCCCCGGGGCCAGGGCUCGGGGCCAGGCCUCAGGCCACUUGGUGAGCAUAUGACGUGUCUCCCUAGAGCCAGCACGGGGGGGAAGCUGUUAUUUUUAUAUUAAAGAAAAAUCAGCUGUUCUGUA